AAUUUCUCACUAUUUUUUCCCCUCUCAAUAUAAUCACCAGAAUCUUCUAUUAAAAACAUUGAAUCAUGAAGGCAACAAGCAAACUAGGCAAGUGCUUGAGAGCCCCAAUCCGAGUCCUGACCAGCGUCCGCGACUUGUACAUUAAGGGCAUGAACGGGUGCGCGGGUAGAGUUCAGUCCGCGGGUGCGUUGGCCUACCCGUCCUUCACCGAGCUCAACUGCGUUUAUAGUAACUCGGCGAGGUCGAGCGCCAGCGACGACGAUCUCCGCGAGCUAAUACGGGCUGCGUCGGUGGGCCGGGUCCAAGGCCCAGUUAGGCGAAGCCAGAGCGUUGUGGUCGGAAGAAUUGAUGAGGAUGAGCCUUGCGAGUUUAAAGAGGAUGUUAAGGUGGGAUCCGAUUUGUUAUUUCCUAGAAGUAGGAGUUACGCUGUUGGGGUCAAGAGAAUUAGGACCAAGGUUUUGGUUUGAUUAAGGUGUGUUUUCAUUUGGUUUAUUUAAUUUAAGGUGGUGAUUGGGUGUGUAAAGGUAAUUAAUGGCAUAGUUAGAUGCAUUUCACUAUUUUCGGGUUUGUGUUUUUUUCCUCCUUUUUUUGGCUUAAUUUUUGUUGGGUUUAUCAUUUACUUUUCUUGGUUUGUUAAGCGGGAUUGUGAAUUUGUGAUGUAUGUUUA